CGUGCGAUAGGGGAGGGAGCAGCUCGUUGACUGACUCAUUCCGUAGCUCCUGUCCCCGGAGAAGAAGUCCAAACACAAACAGGCUUCCGAGCUUGCCGAGUCAGCUCAGCGGCGCACAGCGCACAAGCCCAGGCAAGAGCUGCCUUCUCGGCUCCUGCAGAUAGCAUGAAGGGCCCCCGCCUCCUCCAGACACUCGGGAGACUCUGGCUCUCCCUGUCUGUGGUCUUGGCUGCUUCGGGUGAGGAGUGUGAUCCCAGCCUGUGUCUGAAUGGAGGUACCUGCCUGAAUGGAAGUGAGAGCUCCACUUUCUACUGCCUCUGUCCUGAUGGAUUCACUGGACAGAACUGUCAGGAGACUGAGCAAGGUCCCUGCACCCCCAAUCCUUGCCAGAACAAUGGCCUGUGCCGAGUGGUGACCGAGUCCCGACGAGGAGAUGUCUUUGCCCAGUAUGUCUGUGACUGUCCUGAAGGAUAUGAGGGCCCUCAUUGCCAAAGAGCAUCAGAGAAAAUGAAUGAGUGCAGCACACAGCCAUGCAAGAACGGUGGCACCUGCUUUGACCAGGAAGAAGGCUACAUCUGCAAGUGUCCUUCCCCGUUCAUGGGAAAGUCUUGCCAGUCCCGCUGCAACAUGCCCCUGGGCAUGGAGGGAGGUGCCAUUGCUGAUUUCCAGAUUUCAGCCUCAUCUGUACAUUACAGCUUUCUGGGGAUGCAGCGUUGGGGGCCAGAGCUGGCCCGGCUUAAUGCUAAAGGGAUUGUCAAUGCCUGGACUGCCAGCAACUAUGACAAGAACCCCUGGAUUCAGGUGAACCUUUUGCGGAAGAUGAGAAUUACGGGCGUUAUGACACAGGGCGCCAGUCGCACAGGCAGUGCUGAAUAUCUGCGCACCUUCAAAGUGGCGUAUAGCAAUGAUGGACAAAUUUUUGAAUUCAUCCAGGAUCCAAAUCUACACAGGGACCAGGUCUUUGUGGGGAACGUAGACAACAACGGCCAGAAAACCAACGUUUUUGAUCCCCCUCUGGUGGCCCAGUAUGUGCGGAUUGAGCCUGUAGUCUGUCGUAGGGCCUGUACUCUCCGGUUUGAGCUUUUUGGUUGUGAAGUGGAAGGUUGUUCCGAGCCUCUGGGGAUGAAGUCUGAGGUCAUCCCUGACAGCAAGAUCACCGCCUCUAGCACCUUCAAGACUUUUGGCCUGGAUGCUUUUAGCUGGCACCCCUAUUACGCUCGAUUGGACAAACAAGGCAAAUUCAAUGCCUGGACGGCUCAGAGCAAGGAGGACACUGAGUGGCUGCAGAUUGACUUGGGCACCCCGAAGAAGGUCACAGGCGUCAUCACUCAAGGAGCCCGGGACUUUGGUAAUAUCCAGUAUGUGUCAGCGUACAAAGUGGCCUACAGUAACGACGGGAAAUCCUGGACCGUGUACAGGGACAGCCGGACAAACAGCAACAAGGUCUUUUUAGGAAAUUCUGACAACUACUCCCACCAGAAGAACAUGUUUAAGACCCCUUUCUACUCGCGCUUUGUCCGGAUCCUGCCCGUGGCCUGGCACGGGCGCAUCACGCUGAGGGUGGAGCUGCUGGGCUGUGAGGAGUAGCGCCCCCACCGUGGGGGCGGGGGGCCGCAGCGGGUGUGAGGUCCAAGGGCCGGCCUUCUUCCUGCCUCCAGCCUCGCCUCCGCCCACGUGUCCCUGCCUCCGCACAGGCCCCGGAUGAGCGCGGAGGCUCACCGCCUGAUUGUAGUGGGAGUGGGGUGGGGGGUGGGAGGGAGGGGCUUCGGGGCCCCUUGUUUUUACUGUAGGGGCCAGGCUUGGCCUAGGGUGACCCUCACCCUCACGCUCACGCUGCUGUGGCCUCCACAGCUGUUGCACACUGGGGAUUUGAGUCUGUAACUCCUACAUUGGGAAUUAUUCCAGAUUUCCUUAGUUUCAAUCAUUUUCAGAAAUCUUAAAGAGUUCUGCAUAGAGGGGUAUGAUUGGUCUGUAAAAAGUUUUUGUUUAUGUGUGUGGGAAUGGAUAAUAUGUACAAGUACAUGUAUAAGUAGUACGGUUUGUGUGUAAUAAAUUGCCGUGGAGAAUGGGGAGCGUGUGAGAGUGAGUGUGUGUGUGUGUGUGUGUGUGUGUGUGUGCCCGCUUCGUUUCCCCCACCUACCUUUCUCUUUACCCUCCAAGGCUUGUUUUUAGAGCCAGAAAUGUAGGGAGAGCUGAUGGUAGAAAGGCCCCCUUUUCCCUUCGAGUUCCCACUGUCCUCCCCCCAUCCUUCCCCCAGCUCCCUCGGGGAAAAUGAUCCGCAGCGACUUUCUGUACUGAUAACCCCUAGCAGGGGUCCGACCUCUCCCUAUCCGUCACUUGUGCGUUCUGAGUGACAGGAGGGGGGGUCUUCCACAGGCUGACGAGUGCCUCCACCCCCUUAUCUCCUACAGACUCUCCGGUUCCCUUUCAGGCCUCUGCUUUGAUUCCCAGAAGAAGGGGAUAUUAAAAAAAAUCUCCAGAAGGAGCUGGGGUUGAGAGUGGGGACAUUGCUGUAGGGCUCAGGAAGAGUCCGAGAAAUAUCGCUUGGGGCCAAAGGAUUAGUCUGGUAGCCUAAAAAAGCUGAUCAGGAAGGGUCAGAUGGAUGCAGGGACUGAUGCCUUCCCCUUCCCCCCAUGACUGUAACACAGGGGGGGUAAUCUCUAAAAUAUAUUUAUACUUACCAACUCCUCUA